ACUCUCAUUGACAUUUCAACUCCACGACGGAUCCAAAGGUAGAUAGAUUUUGAUUCGGGACCUAUAAGUUUUCUGUCGCUGUGACACGGAGGAGAGCUCCCACGGAGGAAAGGAACGACUUUAUGCGCAUAGGAUACCGGACACACACACGCCUGCUGCCUCGUAUCCGGGAUAUCCCCUCCGUCUCCGCCGAAGACCACUGGAAACUAAUUUUUCCCUCCUCUGAACUUCCCCCGAGAGAGAGAGAGAGAGAGAGACUGAUCCUGGUCGGCUUUUUUUUUCACUUUCUGUGGUGUGGAGAACUAGGCUGAAGCCUGUAGUUUGAAAAGGACUUUGACAACGAGACAGGAUGCCCCAAAAAGGGAGACAUUAAGUAGUGAAAACGGCAGAUGAUUGACUAAAUUGUUAUAGAGCGGACAGUCAACUCUGUUUCCAGAAUACCACAACCAAGCCACGUGGGAGUCUGGAGUAGCCUCAAUGAUGCAAAACAAGGUGUAUGACAUCUGUGAUGAAGGUCACAGUGGCGUAAACCAGCUUGGUGGUGUGUUUGUUAAUGGUAGACCGCUGCCGGAUUCCACCAGGCAGAAAAUAGUUGAACUUGCCCACAGUGGUGCUCGGCCCUGCGACAUCUCCAGGAUACUGCAGACCCAUGAUGAAGUCCAAGUGCUGGACAGUGAAAAGGUAUCCAACGGCUGCGUGAGCAAGAUCCUGGGCAGAUAUUAUGAAACUGGCUCCAUAAGACCGAGAGCAAUAGGCGGCAGCAAGCCCAGGGUUGCCACUCCGGAGGUGGUCGCAAAAAUCGCUCAGUACAAGCGGGAGUGUCCGUCUAUCUUCGCGUGGGAGAUCCGUGACAGACUUCUGUCGGAGGGGAUCUGCACAAACGACAACAUACCCAGCGUGUCAUCGAUAAACAGAGUCCUCCGCAACCUGGCUAGUGAAAAGCAACAGAUGGGCGCAGAUGGCAUGUAUGACAAGCUGAGAAUGCUCAACGGUCAGACAGGAACUUGGGGGACCCGGCCCGGCUGGUACCCCGGAACAUCAGUGCCAGGGCAGCCCAACCAAGAUGGUUGCCAGCAACAAGACGGUGCAGGAGAAAACACAAACUCCAUCAGCUCGAACGGAGAGGACUCAGAGGAGACACAGAUGCGUCUGCAGCUCAAGAGGAAACUACAGAGAAACCGAACUUCUUUCACACAGGAGCAGAUUGAAGCGCUGGAAAAAGAAUUUGAAAGAACCCACUAUCCAGAUGUGUUCGCACGAGAGAGACUAGCAGCGAAAAUUGACCUGCCCGAAGCAAGAAUACAAGUUUGGUUCUCAAACAGAAGAGCAAAGUGGAGGCGAGAGGAGAAGCUGCGCAACCAGCGCCGGCAGGCCAACAACUCCUCCAGUCACAUUCCCAUCAGCAGCAGCUUUAGCACCAGUGUGUACCAGGCCAUCCCACAGCCCACCACGCCGGUGUCCUUCACCUCGGGGUCAAUGCUGGGUAGACCUGACUCUGCACUUGCAAACACCUACAGUGCACUGCCCCCCAUGCCCAGCUUCACCAUGGCAAACAAUCUACCUAUGCAACCCAGCCAGACCUCCUCUUAUUCCUGCAUGCUGCCUACCAGUCCGCCUGUGAACGGGCGGAGCUACGACACAUACACGCCCCCUCAUAUGCAGGCACAUAUGAACAGCCAAUCAAUGACCACUUCUGGUACCACCUCAACAGGACUCAUCUCUCCUGGAGUGUCUGUCCCUGUCCAAGUCCCAGGCAGCGAGCCUGACAUGUCUCAGUACUGGUCAAGACUACAGUAGAGAGAAGAGCUACUUCACCCUGUAACCACCCACUCCACCAUCGCCCUCCGGCAGUGCUCCUCACACAUACACGGCACAGGAGAGUAGAGAAGGCGAGGAAGGGUUGAAUGGAGGCAAAGGACAUAAGAGGAAAGGAGGACAGAGAGAGAGAGAGAGAAAGAGAGAGAGAGAGAGAGAGACUCUGGGAGAGCUUUGGGACGUCUGGGCUUUGUUUUUUCCGGUGGGACCGUGUGCUGUUCUGUAGCUCUAGGCACAUUCAAACAAACGAGGACUUGGAAGAGAGAACAAGGAUGGAAAGACGGGAAAAAAAAAUAUGGACCUCUGUAAAGUGCCCGGUGUUAACAUUUUUAUGGAACAAAAACUUAUCUGUUUUUUUUCUAUUUCCAACUUCAGUCAUUGUUUCCUUUUUUUCUCUGGUGUGUUAGUAAAUGGCCAUUUGUAUGUUAAUAUGAAAAACCAAGAUCAAGUACUGAUAGAUGGACUGCUAGAAAACCAUGUUGGUCUUGCGUUUGUUUUUGCGAGAGGAGAGAUUCUGCCAUGACUAUCUUUUUAAUCUGCUUAUAUCGAGACUUUCUACCAGCCUUUGCAUGGUCUCUGGACGCUGUUGCAUAUCAUUAAAGACGAAAAAAGCUGGAGGGAAGACUCUUACUGUGUCAGAAAAAAAAUAAACUAUUUAUUGGUCUUAUUUCGUACGGAUGGAUAUUUAGCAGAGGAUACUGAAAAAAAAAAAACUCGAUCCACCCACUGAGGCUGUGGUCUCCCCCUCUGACUUAUUAAACACGGAUCGACAGCUCGGUGUGUGCAAAGACGACGCGACAUGCAACACAACUUGGACCUCUUGCUUCGGUGGUUGGAUUGACUCUAGAUUACCACGAAGAACAUUAAAUGUGGGGAAAACAGGUGUCAAAGAAAACCUGUAGUCUGUAAAUGGUAGACUGCGUCUUCGAUAUAAUCCAGUUUGUUUAUGUCAAAAUGUAAAGUACUUGUCUUCCCUAGAAAUCUUCCAGAAAGAUUUCUCCAAUAAAAGUUGAUUUCAUUUAUA